AUGGCCGCGUCCACAGCUCGACAGUGGGGUGUCACGCCCCCUAUAUCUGCAGCCUUACCCACCCAAGAUGAGCUCGCCGCAAAUGACGACUUAAUUGCAGAGCUGAAGCGUCAGAACAACUUCGAAAGCCCGACGGAGACUGAACAAAGAAAGCAAGUGCUUCAACUCCUACAGCGAUGCGCUCUCGAAUUCGUCAAGCUCGUCAGUCGCAAAAAGGGAUUGUCGCCUGCAGCGGUCGAAGCUGCGGGUGGAAAGAUCUUCACGUAUGGAAGUUAUCGGCUGGGUGUAUACGGACCGGGAUCGGAUAUCGAUACCCUAGUUCUUGGACCGAAGCACGUUGUGAUCGACGAUUUCUUCGCAGACUUCCCUCCCGUUCUCGAAAAGCUGGCUCCGCAAGGGGCCAUCGAGAAAAUAACCCCCGUGCCCGAUGCGUUUGUCCCGCUCAUCAAGCUCGAACUGUCCGGGAUUAGUAUCGAUUUGAUCUUCGCCCGCCUGAUCGUCCCCUCGAUACCUCUCAACCUGGACCUGAAGAACAAUGACUACCUGAGGGGGCUGGAUGAGAAGGAGGUCCGGUCGCUGAACGGGACUCGUGUCACAGAUGAGAUUUUGGAACUUGUACCUCAGCAGAAGACUUUCCGUUUCGCGCUUCGUGCCAUCAAGUUAUGGGCGCAACGCCGAGCGAUUUAUGCCAACAUCGUAGGGUUCCCCGGUGGUGUUGCUUGGGCAAUGCUGGUGGCAAGAGUGUGCCAGCUCUACCCCCAAGCGACCGGCUCGGUCAUUGUCGGGAAAUUCUUCCGGAUCAUGAACAAGUGGGCCUGGCCUCAGCCCGUGCUGCUGAAGACGAUCGAAGAUGGGCCUCUCCAGAUGAAAGUUUGGAACCCCAAGAUCUAUCAUGGCGAUCGAUUCCACCUAAUGCCCAUCAUCACGCCGGCCUACCCGUCUAUGUGCGCCACCCACAACAUCUCGCUGUCGACCAAGGCAGUCAUUCUUCGCGAGCUUCAGCGUGGAGGUGACAUUGUCGAUAAGAUCUUCUUGAAGCAAGCGACCUGGAAUGACUUGUUUACCCGGCACUCGUUCUUUACGCGCGACUACAAGUACUACCUCAGCAUCACCGCGUCCAGCAGAACCAAGGAAGCCGAGUCAGUCUGGUCAGGCCUGGUUGAAUCCAAGAUUCGGCAUAUGGUCGGAGCGCUGGACCGAAAACAAACCAUCGCGGUGUCUCAUCCGUUCCCUAAGGGAUUCGAAAGAGUCCACAUUGUCAGCAAUGAGCAGGAGGCGGAAGCCGUCAAGAAUGGAUCGACCAAGUAUCAAGAUAGAGGCACCAAGACUGAGACCACCGAUGAAAUCAAAGACCCCGCUCAUCAAGUCGCCGCCCAGAAUGGCCUUGAGAAGCCAGAAGUUGCCGAAAGCGUCGAGAAAACGAACGGGGAUCCGUCGACCAUCUACACCACGACAUAUUACAUCGGACUGGAACUGAAGCCGUUGGAGCCAGGUUCGUCGCGGUCACUGGAUAUCUCGACCGAUGCUCAGAUCUUCAAAUCAACCUGUACUUCGUGGCCUGGAUACCAGCCCGGCAUCAACGACCUGGCAGUCACCCACGUUCGCAACUUUGACCUUCCGGAUGAUGUCUUCGAACCUGGGGAGACCCGACCCACUCGGCCGAAGAAGAAGGUGGUCAAGAAGUCCGAAGCGAACGCCCAGAAACGCAGCAUUGAACAACUAGACGUAAGUAGUUGCACGAUAACCAAGAAUCACGAGCAGCGAACCACCCAAGACGGAAUUCGAAUCUGCGUAUACGGCGUGAUGCUUUUCUGA